AUGAUCCAGCCCCCAGCCCCCAGCCUCCAGCCCAGCCCUCCGCCAAUUAUAUUUGUUAAAAUCCUUACAAUUUAUUUAAUUGGCAGGCGCCUCCAGCUGCGUUCUCUUGAAAGUCUGUGGAUCCAUUCGCGGAGAGGUUCUGCGGCGGCUUCGGCGGUUUCGCCUCUUUCGGAGAAGCUGCUGGAAGAAACUGUCCCGGGCAUCAGUGCCCGGGAGGUGGAGCUUGUGCGGAGGUGCCUGGCAGCCGUGGAGGAGCGGGCGAGGAAGCUGGAAGACCAGGGGAUGACCAAAAAGAACUUCGUCUUCGGGGUGGCGAACUCGCUCUUUGUAGCUUGGAGCUUCGGAGCCCUUCCCGGCUACUUCUGGAUCGUCUACAUCAUGGAGGUCUGCGUCCUGCUGCCUAUCCGCUGGAGGAAGAUGAUCCAUGCCUCUCCGAAGCAGCACCUGUACUGGCUCGACUUCUGCUGGAUGGCAAAUUUCUUUGGCGUCUUCCUACUGCUGGCCCUGAUGGUGUUUACCAUCCCGCCCGAGAUUCAGAGAUGGUGCAUGUGUGCCAGCUGGGGAUUAGGCACAGGGACCUUGCUCUGCGCCACCACGGCCUUGGGCAAUGCCUUGCUUUUCCACGAUCUCGACAACGUUUGCGCGGUCUUGAUCCACCUGUUCCCUUCUUUGGUCAUGUACGAACUGGGCUGGAAGCGGGGUGACGUUCAUGCCGCAUGGCCACGCAUCUUCCUGCAGUGUAAUUUCUUCGAGUCCCUCGAUCCGAUGGAGAUUCUGUACAAUGCCUGCCUUGUGUACGGUGUUUGGUUUCUGCUCUACGUCUCUUGGCUCCUCGCUGUUGGUCGACGAUGCCCCAAGCAUGGAUAUGACACGAUCUUCCACUGGGCGAUGCGAGGUUCCGCCGGAACUGUCGUGGCAAAGAUCUUGCAACAGAAGCCAGAGGUCCAUGCAGCUUACGCUGAGAGCAAUGACUUUCCGCUGGCCUACGUCUUUGUCUACAUGGCCUUGCAUGCAGCAUCGGUACUGGCGAGCAUUCCGGUGUCGCUGUUGUGCUACACCAGUCAGUGGAUCCACGUCAGCCUUUGCGCCUGCGUGCUCCUCUCCACGAUCUACAACGCGUCUGCGCGCUACACGUUCUACAUGGUGAAGAGCUACACGGUGGCUUUGAAAAAGGAGCUGACGUACUUGUACCCUGGGCCGCUGCUGGUGCGAAACACCUUCAUCGACGACCCCUUAGGACGUGACUGCCUGACGGAGGGCUUCUUGAAGGAGCGCCAGGCUUUCUCCUGCCCUGUGAGCCGGAUCUCAGAGCCUGGGAGCGGAGUGGAGGUGUUUGAGGCCGACAAGGCGGUACCAGAAGCGCUGGCUCCGCCCGAAGAUGCGGAGAGCUCGGACUGCAGCACCUCCUGCACCGACGGCCUCCAAACGCUCCCUCCGGCAGCGCCCGCAGCCGCAGCGCAGAAAGUUCCUUCGCCCGACGUCUCGGACUUCUCUCUGUUCGGCAUGCGGCUUUCAGAACUUCCCCUUCCGAGCGAAGAGGCGCAGCACACCAACGACCACUCCUACGGGAUUUCGGCCCAGGGAGUCUCGAAGGCCCUGGCUCCCGAUCUCAGCUACAGCAGCUACAGCUGCAGCUACUUGCUGCCUGCAGAAGGAGUCGUUCCGGCGGGACCACCAGAGCCUCUGCCGCCCGGUUGGGAGCCGACACUUCCGCCUCAGGUGCUUCGCUUGGAAGAGGCCCUGAAGGAGGAAGCUUCGGUCAGCCAAGUCCACCAGGCAGCGGCGCUCGCAGCUGCGGGUGCGAUCGGCGCUAGCCACGAGGAGCAGGUCGCAGCAGCCAAUGCUUUUGCUGCUUCGGCCUCGACUGUCAUGCAGGGUGCAAACAUCAUCGGUGAGCCGAGUGCCGGGUCCACCGGGCACUACCAGGGCCAGUGCAGGCCGUGCGCCUUCGCCACCACAAAGGGAUGUUCCAGCGGCAACGAGUGCCAGUUCUGCCACCUCUGUGCACCGGGCGAGAAGAAACGACGGCAAAAGGCCAAACGUGCCUUCUUCGGUGCCUUGGCAGAGAUGCAGCGGGCACUGACUGAGAGCGCGCCGCUGAGCGGAGCAAGCACGCAGAGCCAAAGCCCCUAA